AUGGCGUCUCUCUGGGCACUUUGCUCUGUGUUAACAAUAGCUGCAGUUGUAGCGAUUUUAGCAAAGAUUAUUGUAAAAAUGGCAAUGUCGUCAGGUUGGUACAAAAAGUCAUUUGCCGAGAGACAAAAUCAAUGGUCAAAAACUGGUGGCCUGUUCUUUGCACCUUUGAAGCAAAAACUCUUCUCCGACCUUGAUGAACAUCUUAAGCAACUUAAAGGUGAUGUUUUGGAAAUUGGCAUUGGUGCGGGACAAAACUUUGAUGAUUAUCCUCAAGGAAUGUCUCUUAUAGCAGUUGACUACAAUCCACAUGUGGAGAAACUACUCAAAGAAAAUUUGGCAAAAGCUGGCGGCAGAGUUCAAAUGAAGACGUUUAUUGUAGCCUCAUCAGUGGAUAUGAGUGGUGCCGAAGGAAAAGUCGGUGUUGAGGACAAUUCUGUUGCUGCUGUUGUAUGUACAAAGUUGUUGUGUUCCCUAACUGAGGAACAAAUAGUGAAAACUGUUCAAGAAGUGAAAAGAGUUUUAAUGCCUGUGAGUAUAGUGAUUGUCUUAUGUUAGUGCCUGCUAGGAACAACUUCUGGAACAGAGAAUUAACUCUGGAGAGAAAGUGCCACUAAUAACUCAUUAACCAUCAACUAGGGAUUAAAGGGGACCACGUGAUCGAGGUAAAGAAAAAAUCUUUUGACCUCAGAGGAAAUAGCCUGAUUCUCAGACGUCUGAGGUCGUUCACCGUCCCUUUUGCUUCCCUCCUUCUCGGACGUCUGAGAAUCAGGCUACAGAGGAAAUUGAGCCCUCAAUCUCUGGAUUAGAUCUAAGUCACUGUUGUCCAUGGGUAGUUCAGUUCAGUUCAGUUAAUCAGGUUAUUGCUUGCCAUAAGGAUGUAGAAAAACAAGAAAAUCUGAAUAUUUAAAUGAUAAUAGCAAGGAAGCCCAAGGGAAACCACUGGGCUAAAAAGGAAUGGGCUCCCUCAGUUAUUUAUUACAAAAAAAUAUGAACAGAAUUAUACAUGAAAAAAUAAAUGGUUACAGUAAUCAUUAUAGUAUUUUAGAUAAUCGUACCUUAGAAAAGAAAAAUGAAAAUAAAAAGCAGAGGUAAAGAAAGAAUUAAAUGAAUAUUUAUGAUAAGAGGAAUGCUUUCAGCUUACAACAAAAGGAGGCGACUGUACUUGUUGCAUUUGAAUUUCAAAACUAAGAGAGUUAAAGACUUUAGGACCUUGGAAACUGAUAGAGAAUGUACUUUCUUAUAUUAGUCCUGCAGGUGGUGGAUCUCAGUGAAGAAAGGUUCAAUGUAAUGUUGUACCAUGUAGCUCUGUUGUGUAAUUUUUUCUGUGCAUUCCCCCAUCAUGCAUAACUGAUGCUCCUUGCUCGCUUUUCACUUCAUGAAACCUGAAAAAUGGGAAAAUAUAAUGCCUGUUGUGUAGGCUAUGUUGGUCUGCAAUGCACCACUUUAAUUCCCAAUGACUUGCUCUUCUGGCCCCGGUUGUUCAAAAGCUGGAUAGUGCUAUCAACCGGAUAAAUCAUUAUCCAGGGGAUAAGUGUUAGGGAAACCAAUUGCGCUAUCCAGUGGAUAGAGAUUUAUCCGGUAGAUAGCGCUAUCCACCUUUUGAACAACGGGGACCAGGCCUCUAAGUUGUUAAGCAAUGGCAGAUCUUAUACAAAGGUAAUGGGCUCAUUAAGGUCAAAAGAGUUUCUUCCUUCCUAAUGCAUUGGCAUUGUCCCCUAAUUCUUUUUACUAGGGUGUUACACAGCACAACUUUAUACAAUGUAUCUUCCACUCCAUGGUGAUCUAUCAUAGCUUAGUUGCAGGUAAAGCAAGGGUAAAUCGAAUAUGCAGGUUAUGGGUUUAAGUCUCACCAAGGUCAAUAGAUCAAUAUUUUUCUUUGCCUCACGAGGCCUCUUCAUGGGGUGUUAUGCAGUACAACUUUAUAUGUUCCCUUUAUACUCUUUGGUCGCUGUGACUCACCACCUAAAUUCCUGUCAGGCCUCAUGCCUGAGUUGGUAGAACAAUGGUAGAAAAAAUGGGAUGCAUGGUGUGUUGGCUCUGUCAGCUGUUUCUCCAGUGCAGAGAAAAAAAUGGAAAAAAUGGGAAAAAUGGAUGAGAAAAAUGCAAAACUGAAAUAGCCAAACUACUUCCUCAGAAACAUAAUAAAUUAAUUAGCAGGGAUAGCAAAAAUACAGAUGACAACUGCAAUUAUUAAUUUAAACAAUAUCUGCUAGAAUAAACAUCCUUUCAUAUCCUGAAACUGCUAAAGAACUGGCAAGUCUUUUGAAGACUGAAAUCUUUAUGUUGAAACAAUCAUUAGAUGCCGCUUUUGUAUGAUAUGAAGAAAUAUGCAGAACUUGGAGGGUGUUAUGAACUGUGGCUCAAACAUGCCCCUUGAUCAGCACAACUCUUUAUGUCCUUCUCAGCCUCAUGAUUGCUAAAGUUCAAUUACAUAUGCACGCAGUAUUUUUAUGCUAUAUUUUCCAUUAUAAUUUAUUCAAUUUAUUCCUCCACUCCAGUCUUGACAGGUCCAAAUAUCAGAGUCGGGGAAUAAUAUGUGGUUGUAUACAGUUAGCUCUAUAUAACCUUACUGUAUAUCACCGUGAACUGUAUGUAACCACAAUAACAAUAAUGAAAUGUCAUAAUCAUUUAAAAGUAUUAAUUAAGUAUCAGCGGGUUACAAAUUUAAUUUCUUUUUCGUGUUUUUUCUCUUUGUUUAGUGCUUGCUAUUAUUCAAUGUAACAUAUUUUUGGUGAUGUCUGUUUUAGGGAGGAAGAUUUUUCUUCAUGGAGCAUGUAUUAGGUGUGUAGUGAUAAUAUUUUACUUUUACAGUAGUGCUGCUGUGUUUUAACACGUAAAAGUAGAAGAGUUAAACUAGGUUGCUGAAUUGUCGCAUAGUGAAGAGGAAACUUCCAUGGCCAUAUCUACAGCCCUGUGCAAACGGAUACAAGAUUAUUGGCCAACAACUUGCAACAUUGUUGGAUGUGACCUGUUGCGCCCCUUUGCACACCUGUUGCAUGUUGUUGUGUCUUUUUGGGAGGUUUUGCACAAAGUUUGAAACAACUCCCAACAUUCCUUUUGUUCCAUGAUAAUUGCCAAAGUGUAGCCCAACAUUGUUGGAUCUGUUUGCCCACUCCUUUCAACAUUGUUGGGGCUAGGCACCCACGUUACUCAUGGUUUUGUGGGUUGUAUCCUUCCCAUGAUGCACUGCAGGUCACAACAUUGUUGGCAGUUGUACAUCCAUUUGCACCCCACUGCCAACACAUACACAACAACUUCCUAUGAUGUGAGAAGUUGUUACAUCCUUUUGCACAUAUCUUAAAAAGACUUGAUUUCAACCCCUUUCUUAGGUCCAAUCUUGUUCCUUCCUAAGAGUCUAAGCUGGAGCUCAGGCUCUUUUUUCUGGACAGCAGCUUGUAAUCCAGCCUCCUGUGCAGAUGUUUUCACUUUUUCACAAAAGGCCCUCACAAUUGUGUUACAUUUUAUUCUAUUGAAUAUUUUCAUCAGAAUGUUAAAAGGGAGUGCUAACAGUUUGGCACAUACAAAGUUUCUUCUUCUCAAAUGUUGAAAAUAGAUACAGCGUGAACCACUGUGUGAUAGUUUGACUAUAAAGGUGGUUUUACGUGUAGGGAAUAGGGCGAGUCUUAAGCCCCACUCCAUUUUAACUGGGGAGGAGUUAUCAGAAUCACUAUUUUAAAACAUGAUUUGGAAUACAUAGGAGGCCUUUUUUAAACUCUUUUCAGGCGACUGGUGAAAAUGACCACUACCUUUGAUGUUGCAGUGAUAUGCAAAGUAGUUGAUGCGCAGUGCAAGAAAGGGAAUUACCUUAAAAAGGGUUAUUAAUAAGCAUUGUUCUCUAAAAGAAAUUAUUCUGUGAUGUUAUGUUUGUUUCCUUUUAUCAGGAAAGCCCUGGAGUUUGAGGUAUAUCCUACAGCAGCUUGUUUCAAAGUCACACCUCUGGCCCACUUUGUUUAAUGGCUGUCGCUGUGAUCAUGAAACUCUGCCCUUCAUACAAAAAGGUGGCUUUAAACUAGUGCAAGCUGAAAAGAGAUAUCUGAAGGUUACCCCUGAAUUACAUGUUGGAUCAAAGAAGAUUUCCGUAGAUUGGUCUUCAAGGUUACUUGCGUACUUGGUGCAUUCAGUUCUACUCGGAUUUGCAGAGAAGGAACGUUAA